AUGGAAGUACUUCCAGCAAGUUUACGACGCGAAAGACAAUUACAGCCUCUUGUCUUUGAUAUCGGUGAGGUUAUAUUGACUGGGACUUUUCUAGACGAGUUGGUGCGUCGAUCCCCAAAUUCUGCAGAUGGAGAAGAGGACCAACGGUUGAGUGGUGAGUCAGAACUUGAAGAGUGCGAAGAGAGACCCGGGGAUAAUCGAUCGAUGCAAAAGACUCCUGAACUGUGUGAGUUAAAAAAUGACAAAAUUUUAUCUAAAUAA